GGCCGUGCUUGUCCCACUCUUGUCCCCUGAAUGCAUGGACAGGUUGCCUCAAAGGUGCUGCUAUAGCUACCGACAGGCUUAGCUUGCCUUUGUCCAUAAUUCAUGCAUUUGAAGAGAGAAUAACCAGGCAUUUCUCUCAACCUCUUCCUUUUGUAUAUAAAAUACACUUGUUUCCAUUCACACCUGAAUCCCCUCACAGAAAAAACUAGCUACCAUUUCUCUCAAGAAUCAUUACCAAAGGAAAUCACAAGAGCAAUUUCCAAGUCUUGUAUCUCUCUUAGCAGUUCCUGUUUUUGAACAAAGAUUGUUGGAAAAUAUGGAAGGUGGUGUUGCAUAUGAGAAUGAUCUAAACCUCAAGGCAACUGAGCUUAGACUGGGGUUGCCAGGGACGAGCUGUACUAAUGAAAAACAAGCAGUUUUUGGUGCUAGAAACAACAAACGACCAUUGCCAGAGACCAGAGAGGAGCGUGGAGCAAAAGGCAAAUCUGAUCCUGGACACGAUGACCAAGAAGCUGCCCCUGCUCCCAAGGCACAGAUAGUGGGCUGGCCACCACUCAGAUCCUACCGGAAAAACAGCCUGCAGCCAAAGAAAGCUGAGGCCGAGGCUGCAGCUGGGAUGUACCUUAAAGUAAGCAUGGAAGGGGCACCAUACCUUAGAAAGAUUGAUCUCAAGGUUUACAAGGGAUACCCUGAGCUCCUAAAGGCUUUAGAGAACAUGUUCAAGCUCACCAUAGGUGAGUACUCUGAAAGGGAAGGCUACAAAGGAUCAGAAUAUGCACCCACUUAUGAGGACAAAGAUGGCGACUGGAUGCUGAUUGGAGAUGUUCCAUGGGAUAUGUUCCUGUCAUCCUGUAAGAAAUUGAGAAUCAUUAAAGGAUCAGAAGCAAGAGGUUAAUUUGGGUUGUGGGGUAUGAAUAACCCACAGGCCAUGUUAACCCACGGGAUCAGGAAGAAGAGAAGAUUCAUCCCUUGAGAAAAUCUUUCAGCUUGUUUUCUCCAGGAAGAAAACUCAAAUCUGAAUCUGGUUCUCUCUUGACUGGGUUUUCUACAGAUGGCUGGAAGUUUUAGACAGGAAACAGGAAAAAUCAGAGUGAAGUUACGGUUUCUAUCAUAGGGUGUGGCAGCGAGAUAUCUGGUGGUUUGGACAUCUAUGGUGUCAUUUUGUUGGUCUUUGUAAUCUCACCAAAACCAAAACUGGAUGCAGGAAGUUAUUAUUGCUUCAAAUGCAAUUAUGUAAAAUCAAAACAGAAAAGAAACAUAUUUAAGACAGGGUUGUCCAUGUUUUUGCCAUGUAAUGUUCUCCAUACAGUGCUAAAGCUAAUUACAAAAGUGUGUUUGACAGUUCUCUAACA